CGAGGGUGGGUGGCACCAAAAGAGGACUGUCCGUUUUGUGCGCUCUUUGCGUACCGUAUUUUUCUCUGCUUUCUCGUGGUCCUGUACACUGGACUGGGCUAGGCUGGGCAUCCAUCUCUCGCGCCGUCUGUCUCUCUGUAUCUCCUCCACUUCAGUUCCCGUAUUUCCUCUUCCAGUCCGGGGCUGGGAAAUGUGCGAGUGAGUCCGCGGUGCCGGCAUCAACCCAGGGAAGGCCAAACCUCCCUCAUCACAAGAUCUCUCUCUCUGUUUCCUCUUCCUUCUUUGCUCGCUCACUUUCCUGCUCGUCCUACCAUGAACCUGUCCUCUCUUCUUGGCUGCUGUCUAAUCUUGUCUGCUUCUGUCUGGUCCGGUCCCGUCUGGUCCUGUCUCGUCCUGUCCUAGCUUCCCCUUCCACCACCACGGCUCUGCACGCACCUGUCACAUAAAGCGGAUCUCGUGUUCUGUGACCAUCCAGUCUUGCGGUUCUGCGUACUCUCGACCGCAUCUCUGUUUCUCUCUCGCUCUCUUCAUUCUCUCUCCUCCCUCUCCCUCUCCCUCCCCUUCUCUUCUCUUCCCUCCUUUCUCCUCCCUCUCCUUCUUCUCUCCUCUGCUGCCCAGACCAUCCUCCCCAUUCGAGUCUCCCGUCGGCCAUGUUCAUUAUUAUCACAUCCUUCGAGCGACACCCGCCCCUCCUCCCCGUGCACGAAUCCCGAUAAAAAACAAGAUGCAGAUACCACCCGUAGAUGUCAUCCUGUCCUGGCCGACUCCCAAUUAUGAUCAUCCCGAGACCCGAGGAUUGACCCUUCUGAUCCUGAUGGUCAUCUUCACCGUGCUCGUGCUGCUUUCCUGUCUGGGCCGCUUCUACAGUCGCAUUAUUGUGAAGCGUUGGUUCGGCUGGGAUGAUGGUUUCAUCAUUAUUGCUCUGCUCUUCACGAUAGCAAUGAAUGUCGUGGUCAUCCUCGCCAAUCGACGAUACUCGUGGGACCGACACAUCUGGGACGUACGUCUCACUGCUCUACAAGAUGCCAACAUUGCUGCUUUCACUGCGAAGCUCUUAUUCGUCGGCGCUGCAUCCUUUACGAGAAUAUCGCUCAUCUGCUUCUACUAUCGCCUCGUCAAAAACAGUGGCAUCACCUGGUUCAACAAAGUCUUGCAUGCCAGCAUGUUCUUCGUGGUCGGCCUGGGCAUUGCCUUUACGUGUGUGGGAAUCUGGCUGUGCGAUCCCGUCGAGGCAUAUUGGGUCUUUCCACUGAUUGAAGGACACAAGUGCAUGAACGAAGGCACUUCCACGCUCAUCAUUGGAAUCUUCAAUUGCAUCGCGGAUUUGCUGUGCACCUUGCUGCCCAUCCCUCUAGUGUGGAAGCUCAAGAUGCCCGCGAAGCACCGCACGGGAGUAUGCAUUCUCCUAGGCCUGGGCUUCAUCGUCACCAUUGCGGGAAUUAUCAGAACAUACUUUAUCUGGCAGUCGUUGAUCAACAGCUGGGAUGAAACAUGGUAUUCGUAUCCGCUCUGGAUUUGUGCAGCGAUUGAGAUUGACCUCGCAGUGAUCUGUGCAUGCGCACCUUCCUUGAAACCAUUACUCCACCAACCCAUCUUGACCUUUACAUCCAAAGUCUCUUCCAAAUUCUCCCGCGCCUCCUCCGCACACGAAUCUCCCAUGGCAUCUCAAAAUCACACGAAUCCCUCCCACCAAGGAUCUUCUCCUUCCCACCACGCCAAAUCCUCCAGCAAACCCUCCUCCUCUUCUUCCCUAUUCAAAAUGCCCUUCUUCACCCGCCACGGACUCCUCCCCUCCACCAUCACCAACACCACCCAAGACAGCAUCUGGGACGGCGACGAAGAAUACGGCAUGCUUCCACCCUCUCGUCUCGUCGAGAAGACCCACACAAGUAGCAACAGCAACAGCAGCAGCAAAAGCAGAGUCAUCAUCUCCACCCACCCCGCCUCUCGAAGUCCUACCUGGCCGAUCCCCGAACCCGACGAAGCGAUUCUCUUGUCUCCACAUCCUCAUCAUCAUUCACCUGCUACUACUACAGUUUCUACCCCUGCUCCUGCCGUCCCGACCCCCACUACUACAGGAGGAGGAGGAGGAAGAAAACCCACCCUCGAAAUCAUGAAGAGUAGUUGUGUCGAUCAGGAAUUCUCGUAUAUUGGCGAGAGAAGAAGGGAUGGUGAUGAUGAAGAUGAUGAUAGUUUCAUGUUGGAACAAGAAGGGCGGAAGGACUAUUGGAGGCCGGGGUAAGAUGAGUAUUUCUCUCAAUAUGUGGAUGCGGAAUAUGGGUUGAUAUGAUAUGAUAUGUUGGGAAUGCGAGGAUGAGGGAUAGGGAUAGGGAUAUAGGGAUGGGACAGGAAAGAAGAAACCAAUUAUCAAGGCGAUGAUGAUGUGAUGAAUUGAUGAAAAAUUGGGAAUCAGAGACGAAUAUCCUGGAUGGGGCAAUAUCGGGACCCGGGAGGGGGGCGGAUAUCUGGAUUAGGUCCUGGGAAAUCUCGGAAUGGUGGGCGGGGAAAUUUUUGAAGGCAAGAAGGAUGUAAUAUUGCCGAAAGGAAUUGAUAACAUAACUAUUAUACGAUAGAAGAGUUUCUGAUUCACGAUAUACAUAAACACUUGC